GUUUCUCUGUAACUGUGUCGUUGAUGGAUCUAAAUCUAAUAAAAAGGCAAUUCCAAUUUCAGGCGGAAUUAAUCGAUGCAGCGGUGAAGGGAACACUUAAUGUUCUCAAGUCAUGUGCAAAAGUUGCAUCAAUAAAGAGAGUAGUUCUGACAUCUUCAAUGGCUACAGUUUUAUACAAUGAAAAACCUCUCACUCCGGAUGUGGUAGUUGAUGAGACUUGGUUUUCUAAUCCAACUUUCUGUGAGAAAUCUAAUCUUUGGUAUGCGCUUUCAAAGACAUUAGCUGAGGUGGCUUCUUGGAAGUUUGCAAAAGCGAAUGGGAUUGAUUUGGUAACUAUAAAUCCAGGAUUGGUGUUCGGUCCUAUUCUACAGCCAACUCUUAAUCUCACUGUGGAGCUCGUAUUGAACAUAAUCAAUGGACGGGCACUCCCACCAUUUGACCUCUUUGUGGAUGUUCGAGAUGUUGCACAUGCUCAUAUUCAAGCAUUUGAGAUUCCUUCAGCUACAGGCAAAUAUUGCAUGGUUGAAAGCACCGUAGACGUUUCAGAGUUGUGGAAGAUCUUGCAUCGACUUUUCCCUGAGUUCCACCUCAAUGAAAAAUUUGAGGAUAAGCCUACUCAGAAACUGUACCAAGUAUCCAGUGAGAAAAUUAAGAGCUUGGGUGUCGACUACAUUCUUUUAGAGGUGAGCCUCAAGGACACUAUUGAAUGCUUGAAGGAGAAGGGUUUCAUUAGCUUCUGAAUCUCACCUAUCGGUUUUUGACUUUACUGUCGUCAACUUCGUUAUUUUUUUUCCUUUCAUUCAGUUUGUCAAAUAAAAAAUCAUGUAGAUGUACCGAGAUUUCCCUACUAUAUAUUUUUUUUUUGGUACAAGAUUUCCUUACUAUUUCUAAAGCAUUUGUUGCUAUAUGGAAAUGGAAUAUGCUUGUUCCCAUUCUUUAGUAAUAUAUAUGACAUCAGAUG